AUGCAAAAAGAAGUUACACCGAAAUACAAAGAAAUGAAGGUCUACCCAGACAGGGAGCUACUAACGUGGGAGAAAUGGAUAGAAAUAAGAGCAGAAGAAACACAGCACUUAGCUCAAAAAACAAAUAGGCCUCCAGCUGAUCUAGCUAUGAAUUUAUUAGAGAAACUACGAGAGGAUAAAGAGAGGAAAAUCGUUUUAGAACACGCGCAAAUUGAGAAAAAGCCAACCGUCCGAGGAUGUCUUUGGGAACAGCCGCAGAGACUGAAGCAAAGCUGUUAUUGUAAACCCGUAUAUGAAGUACAAAGGACGAGAUCCGAACAAGGUCGACCUCGCGUCAUACAGCAUAUAGGAGUACCUAAAAUAAUACAAGAAACAGAAAAGGGCCUAAGUGGUAGCCCUGAGCGAAACCCCUGCGACAGUUUGAAUCACGAGUAUACAAAAUAUAGAGAGAAGAGAGAAAAGGAUCUUAAAGACAAAAUUGAAAAAAUCGACCCACACAGGCAAGUAUCUAUCUAUAUUGAUAAAUAA